UGUCUUCAAGUUCGUUAUCAUCUCAUCCAAACGACCGGCGACUGAACUUCAACUGAGAACUCUUAGAGCUUAGCCAUGGCGAUCAUGGCGUUUCUCUCCUCACCACUGCACAGUCCCUCUCUAAUCCGAAACAAAUUUCUCCUCUCUCCACUUUCUUCUUCUUCCUUCAGUGCUCUACGGCGUUGUACUCCAUCCAGUUUAUCUGCCGCUCAAACUUUCGCGAGUUCGAGAUUUUGCUUUAGGAUACACUGCACUGAUAAAGAACGAGCUGCACCGGUUACUCAGCGUUCCGAUCCUAAGGCUGGAGUCCCGGUUUAUAAGCCUAAAACCUACGAGGUUCUAGUCUCCGAUGCCGCGAAUUCGCUUGCCUAUGCUCUGGAAGAUGGAAAGAUCCGCGUGGAGAUUGAUUUUCCUCCCCUGCCUAGCAACAUUUCCUCGUAUAAGGGAUCUUCAGAUGAGUUCAUCGAUGCCAAUAUUCAACUUGCCCUGGCUGUUGCAAGGAAUCUUCAAGAAAAUAGAGGAACUAGAUCUUGCAUUGUGUUUCCAGAUAAGCCAGAGAAGCGUAGAGCUUCACAGCUAUUCAAAACAGCUCUUGACUCGAUUGAUGGAAUAACUGUAAGUUCCCUGGAUGAUGUGCCUGCUGGACCUGUCACAUCCUUCUUUAGAUCUGUUAGAAACACCCUUGAUUUUGAUUUUGAAGAUGAGAAUGCAGGUCGUUGGACAUCUACUGACCCUCCAUCACUGUACAUAUUUAUUAAUUGUAGCACGCGUGAACUUGCUUUGAUAGAGAAGUAUGUGGAAACUUUUGCUUCGUCAACACCCACCCUGCUUUUUAAUCUAGAACUUGAAACCUUGCGUGCAGACUUGGGCUUACUGGGAUUCCCUCCCAAAGAUUUGCACCAUCGAUUUCUCUCUCAGUUCAUCCCAGUGUUCUAUAUUCGAAUCAGAGAGUACUCUAAGACAGUAGCAAUAGCACCUUAUAUUGUUAAUUACAGUGGAGCACUGUUUCGUCUAUACCCUGGGCCUUGGCAAGUGAUGCUAAAACAAGCAGAUAAUUCUUAUGCUUGCAUUGCAGAGAGUGAGACAAGGUUCACCCUUGGUGAAACAAAAGAUGAGCUAUUAAGGGUCCUUGGACUACAGGAGGAACAAGGAAGCUCAUUAGAAUUUCUCCGCAGAGGCUACAAGGCUGCCACUUGGUGGGAAGAAGAUGUUGACUCUGAACUAUCUUCGGCAUGGCGUAGUUGAGCAGCUCGAGGGUGGAUUUAUCUUUCAUAAAACACUUACAUCUUCAUCGGGAAACACGCGUCGAUGACCCUGAACAUGAGAUAUCAAUCACGUUUCCUUGUUCUAUCAGAUGGCCUCUUUCUAAGACUCUCAUGGCUUUCUCUUGAACAGUCACUGCAGGGAAACUUCUAUCUUAAAACUACAUCUCUAUUCAAUCCACCUGCUUCAGAAGACUGACACAAACUUGAAUUCAAGUCAUCCUCCCCUGGAAUUCAAGGUAAAAUAAUCUUGUACAUUUUCUUAGUCGUAAUGAAUUUCGUUGUGUUAUUCGUCAUCGAGACGGGUUUGAUUUUCCUUCACCAUAUUAUGCUUGAAAAGUACAAAUCAGGCCUUUUGGAGGGUUUGAUCUUAGUCAAAGAACCACGUUAUUCAACUGAAUGAAAUGAUAAUAUAUACAAUCAUUUAACUUUUUUUUUUGGA